GCGUAGUGGAAUGUUUGUAAGUUAAUAAGCAGAAAGCUACACCAUAAACAACUAAGGUUAAAGUAUCAAAACAGGGGUCUAUUUUAAACGAUGGAACUCAUAGAAAAUUCAUGUGACAAACUGAGUUCUCAGCCCCGCCCACAAACCCAAGCAUUCUCAACCAGUCAAGGACAGCUGGACAUGUACAAGUGUUCUCAGUGCAGUCAAAUGUUUGGGAAACCUACUGCUUUGAAACAACACUUUAAAGUCAACCACAGAGAGCCUCACAUCAAGGAACGCCUUACCUGCUUUGAGCAAGGAUGUCAGUUCAGCAGCAGCAACCAUCAGGAGUACCAAUCCCACUUGACAUCCAUGCAUGGUCUGAACCUCAUUCCCUGCACCUCUUCGUCCUGUACGUGGGCAUUUCCUACACGUGAAGAGAUGGAAGGCCACCGGGAGAGCCAUUUGCCUUUUGGCUGCUUUUGCUGCCCGUUUGUUGCUCAAACUGCAAAAGCUUUGAGGGAUCACCUCAACCGUUUACACGAUAACUCUGAAGGUAACCAGACUGAGUCCACCCAGACACCUAAAGGUCCAAAAAGGUCAAAAAGAAAACUUGAGUCUUCUUUUGUCUUAUAUCCUAAUGAAGAAGUACUCGAAAGGAAAAAAAGUAGCAAAAAACUGAGGAUUACGGAGGAAAAAGAAAAAUCCUCAGCACCAGAUGAAACACCUCUGCCAUCCAAAGAGUACCUUGCGGAGGGAUCAGAAAACGUCUACCGAACCCACACCUGUCCCAAGUGUCGUCGCUGCUUUAAGAUGCGCUCUCACCUGCAGGAGCACCUUCGUUUGCAUUUCCCUGACCCCAGUCUCCAGUGUCCCACCUGUGAGCGUUUCUUCACCAGCAGUAGCAAGCUGCGAGUACACAGACGCCGGGAGGCUGGUGAAAAGAGCCACUGUUGUAACUUGUGUGAAUACACUGCCGUGGAGAGAAAUGCAAUACGUCGGCAUCUCGCCAGCGUGCAUCCCAAUGAGGCCGCAAAAAAUCACAGUUUUGUCUGUCCUAGCUGUGACCAAACAUUUAACCAGGCUCGGGCUCUUAAGGCACACAUAAAGACACACAACAUCCCCACAGACAGCAAACCUUUGGACUGUUUCCAAGAGAGCUGUUCUUUUCAAACCUAUCUGAGCAAAGAGCUUAUAAAACACACUGCUGAAGUACAUGGGGUCAAAGCAGUGGAGUGUCGUCACCACGCUUGUGGCGCCGUCUUUCAAAGCGAGGGAUACAUGGAGGCUCAUUAUCAGAAACAUCUGCCCUAUCACUGCGCAGAGUGUGAUUUCACAUGUUCCAAUAAAACGGUCUUCCUUCGGCACCGGCGGGAUGGUCACCCAGGAAACAAAGAGCUUUGCUGCGGCUUUUGCUCAUUUGUGACCUUUAACCCUGUGGAGUUUGAGCAUCAUCGUGGACAUUUGCACGCCAACGAGAAGAUCCACCACUGCUCUCAGUGCAGCUACUCCACCUCGCAUAAACGGGGUUUGAAGCGGCACAUGCUGAUGCACAGUGGUGAGAAGCCCCACAAGUGUACUUUGUGUGACUUCAGGUGUCGAGAUGAGUCCUACCUCUCCAAACAUAUGCUCAUCCACUCAGAUGACAAGAACUUUAUGUGCUCUGAAUGUGGAUACGUCACCAAAUGGAAGCACUACCUCACAGUCCACAUGAGGAAGCAUGAAGGAGAUCUCAGGUACUCAUGUGAUCAAUGCCAGUAUCGUUGCCAUCGGAUGGACCAGCUCACCAGCCACAAAUUACGACAUCAGGCCAAGUCCCUCAUGUGUGAGAUCUGCGCCUAUGCCUGCAAGCGCAAAUUUGAGCUUCGCAAUCACAUGUUGGCCAAGCAUUCUGCUGAGGAGAAGCAGCCCACAGUGCACAAGUGCAAAUACUGCGCAUACUCCACUCUCCACCGACAGGCGCUCCAAAACCACGAGAACUGCAAGCACACCAAGCUGAAAGAAUUCCAGUGCGCCCUUUGUGUGUAUUCGUCCUUCAGCAGUGUCAGCCUCUUCCUUCACAAGAAGAAAGCCCACAGAUACGUUCCUGGGGAUAAAAAAUGGCUGGAAGACUAUGCAGCCAAGGAAAAGGAGAGGACCUCAGCUGAACUUAUGCAGGAUUUUUACACAAAACCAACACUUGAUCUGGAUCAGUCUGAGGAGUCAAGUCUCAUGGAGCCAGUCUCACCUAGUGCACCUGACAGACGGGAGUCUGCAGACCACCAUUCCUACUGGGAAGGUACUCCACCCCCAGUGGAUUCUGGGUUAGUACUGCACGAGCAGUACUGCACGCUUGUAUUGAGCCCUCUAACAAGCACAGUGAGCUCUUCUUUGGCAAACGCAGAGAAAAAUUCUGAUUUAAACGAAAUCGAACCUCAGCCACUGCAAGGAAACGCCGACUUUUCUACACCUGCGAGUUCAUCUGAAGAAGACGAUGCUGCAGUGCAGACUGUGGUGUGUGAACAAAAGGAAUUAGAAGACGCUUGCGAACGUUUGAACGAUGCAAGAUCACCUGUGAAGCACACAGAGCCGGAAAAUAAUGAACUACAGCAUAGCAUGCAUCUGAAAGCUAUGAAGCAGCACGACAAGGACCAAGCAGAAACCAUGGUUCUAGAGGGACAGGUAGAAAUGCUUGUGGUGCAAUCAGAAAAUAUGUAUCAGUGUGACAAAUGUUCAUAUGGGACAUGUAAAGAGACGGCGUUCAGGCACCACUGCCAAACUCUGUGCCACAAAAGGAUAAAAGCCGGCGGAGGGCAGUUCAAGCAAAGACGCGGCCUCCAUAACCACCUGAGGAGAUUGUGGCCGUCCCACUCCCACAAAACAGUUCUGCAAGAUUGUCAGGCUGUGAAUGAGGUUUCUACUGAAGGUCAUGAGGAACCUGAACAAAUUGAUGGGCGACGAAGAUCAGAGGAGAUGCAGCAAAAGGAGAUUUUUAUCGAUUUGAAAAGUCUCAAACUUUAUCAACAAAAACAGAAGGCAUCCAACUCUGAAGCCUUCGCUUCCUCAGUACCGCAGCAACAAAAAAUUUCAAAUCAGGCGAAAAAAGUCUCCAACUUCAAGGGUUUGAAAGGACGAUCCAGCUUCUCACUUAGCAACAAGUCAAACUACAGCAAAAUAACUUACAUUGAAAAUAAUGGAGUAUUUAUUUGUAAGCUGUGCAAGUUUACAUCUGGUACAUUAAUGACAGUUAAGCAGCACAUUUUAACUCACAGAGAAAUGUGUAAAAAUACAGAAACCAGCGCAGAAGAGGUCAGUGAAGGUGACAAACUUGCGCCCAAUCACAGUAAGGCAGAAAAGAAUAUAGAUGGCCCACGGAUGGGUCAAGAGUUUAAGUGUCCAAAUAGGCGCUCUCAGAAAAAGCAGUUGGACAGCCAUGGAGAAACAAGUUGCAUGAAGGUGGGUGAAGUACAGUGCACUGCGUGUUCAUUUGUCGCUCCAUCUAAAGUUUCUUUGACCCGUCAUGUUCUUUACAGUCAUAAGAAAAAGAUGUUUUUUGCUGCAAAUUUGAAGCGUUUGCGUUGCCAGUACUGUUCCUUUGGUUGCACACGUAAAGGAAUCUUGGAACGACAUGUUUUAUUAAAGCAUAAAUGUGCUCGACUCAAAACAAGGAAAAAACCUGAGCCUCUGCGCUCUGGGAUUGGAUGCUACAGCUGCAACAGGUGUGACUUCAGUGCCCACACACCUCACGGUCUAAGACGACACAGCCGCAAGUGUCCCACGGGGGAUUCGCAGCACGUUUGCACUCAUUGCGAUGCUCCGUUUAGUUCUGAUAUUGCUUUGAGAAACCACUCCAAGCGUUCACACUCCCUUCAGGUCAGCUUUUCAUGCAAACUGUGUGACUUCACAUGCACCCGCGAUGGCUUACUCAAAGCCCAUCAGCAGAGCAGCCACCCCCGAGUAAAAUGCACCACAUGCCAGAAGACUUUUGAGACUGAGAAGAGUCUGGAGAUUCACCAGAGAGUCCACCAAACACAUGGAUGUCGCCUCUGCCCAUUUACCGCGAAAACCAGGCAGCUGUUAGCCGACCACCUUCUGAGUGAACACGAGGAUGGUUACCCCGAGAGCAAGGCGCUGAAGUGCAGCUUCUGUCCAUUUGUGUGCCACCAUCACCUGGUGUUGGAGCAGCAUCUUCGCUCACAUGGCAGUAAGCGGUUGUACAAAUGCACAGACUGUCAGUACUCGACUCGAAACAAGCAGAAGAUCACGUGGCACAUUCGCAUCCACACUGGAGAGAAGCCUUACAGCUGUGAGCAGUGCACGUACACCUGUGCUGAUCCAUCCAGGUUAAAGCUUCAUAUGAGAGUUCACCAAGAGGAGAAGAAGUACCUUUGUCCUGAAUGUGGCUACAAGUGUAAGUGGGCAACCCAGCUAAAGUACCACAUGACCAAACACACAGGAGAGAAGCCAUACUCCUGUGAUCAGUGUGAUUACCGCACCAACAGAGCAGAUGCGCUCCGGGCGCACCGCGACACCCAGCACUGCGACACACGCUCCUACGUCUGCGAGGAAUGUGGCAAAACCUUCAAGACAAGUUUCAUAUUGAAGACCCACCAGCGGAAGCACAUCGCCGGACGGCCGUACACGUGCGGCAUCUGCCAGAAGACCUUCCGGUGGCCUGCAGGGCUCAGGCAUCACUACCUGUCUCACACCAAACAGCAGCCGUUCCGCUGCCUCCACUGCUCCUACAGAGCGAAGCAAAAGUUCCAGGUGGUUAAGCAUCUUCAGCGCCACCAUCCGGAGAUGCCAACGGAGCAAGGUGUGCUGAAGGACCUGGAAGCGGGUACCCUGACUUUAAAGGAGGCUUUGGAGGGGACUUUAGAGGAGAAAGCUGCUAGUCCAGUCAUUGAAGAAGAGGAGACUGUUAAUAACUUGGUGGUAAAAAUACAAAAUUCCAAUGAUGCACAAAAGAGAGGCACGUAAAAUAUACAUCUGUAGGUUUUUCUCUGGUUGACUUAACCUCUUGUAAAAAUCGACAUCAACAAGAAUGAGACAGAGGCUUCAGUUUACUGAAUUGCAUAUAUUGGUGUUAAACCACAAGAUAAUUCAGCACAAACAUGUCACAAAAAUGUCGUAUUCAAGCAGGCACUUAACAGCUUUACUACAAAACAAAUAUGUUGUAUUGAUUAAAGAAUACUGUAGGCUUUACUGCACCAUUAUUAAAGGCUUGCCAUGCACUCCUCCAUCCUCCCAUAGGUGUAUAGUUUUAAUAAAUACUAAAAAAUGACAGAAAUGUAAAAUUGCACUUUUGAUUUACAUUUGAACAAAAAAUAUUUUCAAAAAGAAUCACACAAUUGAUCAGGGAACUUCCUUCUUAUAAUAUGUAUUUAGUAUAUUGAGUUUCAGCAAAACUGUUCCUGCACACCUUUUAGUUCUUGUCAGAUUGGGGAAUCAACCAAAACUUUCAUUAGCUGGAGCUCUCUGACACAUUGAAGUCCCCACUGGUCUGUGACAGUUGGCAAAAAGACUAGAAUGCUAAAAGUCAGCAUGACUUCACAACUAUAAGGGCUCUAUGUCAGUUAUAGUUAUACUGGUGGAAAGGUGAGUA